CUAGUAGUACUAUUAGAAGUAGUAGUAGUCACUCGAACUCGCAGCAGAUCCUCACCAUCCGACAUCGGACAAGACGUGGAAAAAGAGCACUAUGUAACCCUGGGCAGACGAGAAGGACUUGAAGGUGAGGAACGAAGUCGCCCGCGUCGACAUUGACGACGACGACGACCACCACCACCACCUUGAGAGGGGUCCACUCGGUCGGUCCUCGGGUUGGAGUUAGAGUGCGAUGGAGGACGGCGAGAAACCAAGAGGAGUACAAUUUGAACUCGAAGACGAACGACAAGAAUUGAGAACGGCUGAGAACAACUGAGAACAAGUGAGAGGAGACGAGCAAACGGACGGACGAACGAACGAACGAACGAACGGAGUUUUGAGGGAGGCGAGUGCCUGGUGCCACCCGGCAACAAGAGAACAACUCUUCACGCAGAAGGAGAAGAACAACUUGCUUCUCUGAUCAAACACAAAUCAGAAGAAGGUUAGUGCACCGAAAAACAAGAGCAGCUGAGACGAAACCAACACCAACACCACCGUAUUGGCAUCGUCGGGCAUCAGUGUGCAUGACUUACUCAGUCUGUCUAAUGUUGAGAAGACAUUUGCGUUCGUCGACUUGGAAACAAAUGCGCCAACAACAGAACCAAACGGGUUGAUCCCAUCCACAGUGAGAACAAAUCAUUUUAAUUGAAUCCAGUGAUAUGACCCCAGAACGGAGAGUUUGUCAACCUGUUCACGUUUUUUUGCCUCCACUACUACAGCUACGUAUUGUUACUACUAUUAUUACCACUAUUGCCACUACUACCACAUGUACACUCUACAGCGGCCACCACUUUUGUCAGUGUUUGUGAGCGAUUAUAAGGUCGGCUGGUAUCUGAACAUUGUUAGGUGAUGACAGUUUCUUAACAAAUACUUAAGCAGCUCCAUGGGUGACGAGGGUGUGCCACACGGGUGCAACAUGUUGCUUCCACGCAAUCCCAUGUUCGAGUCCUUGAUUAAUGAUAACAAUGUGGGGACCUCUCACUCCGAGUCCCUCUCCAUGGCUUCGAGUCCGACACCGUUUUCCUCGGGUAGCUUUACGUCCAGUUCCAAUCAAUACAGCCGAACCAAUAAUGCCCUAGGAUCGCAUCUUCACGGGCUCUCGCCGACCACCCACGGUCUUCCUCAUCAUCCCCACUUGCAAUCAUAUCUACCAGUACAUUCCCAAAGUCAACCAUUUAUUGAGCCUCAUCUUAUAGCCCCAAUGCGAUAUCCACCGGGAACGGAAUCAAUGCCUCCACCUAGACAAGUAGAUGGGUAUCUCAAUCACCCCUACUGUCAACACACCUACUCGUCUGCCCUCUCAACAUCGACAUCGCCGUCUAUGAUCAUAUCUCAAUCAUUGCCCAAUGCCUUGUUUCAUCCCGCAAAUCAGGAGCAGCGGCUUUUGCCUCUUCCCCUUCAUUUUUUGCCCCAACAACAACAACAACAGCAACACCAGCAGCAGCAGUCACAGCAACAACACCAAUCGCACCCACAACUUCAGGCCCAUACUUCGUCCUCGCCCAUAUCAGUAUCUCAGAGCAGCCCGUUUGCUUAUCCCCAGCCGCCCCUGAAUCCAAGCACCACCAAUGACGCAAUGAGUGAAUCUCAUGGACUCAAGCGAUCUCCACGAACUCGAAGAUUCUUUAGACCACCCCCACCCUUGUCCCAAUCUUUAUCGAGAGGAAUACACCUACCCCAUCUUCUAGCUUUAGACUCCUCGUCACCCUCGAUACCCCUUCCGGAGCAAAUCUUCCCCAUUGGACCGGAUCCAUUCGAGGAGGCCUAUCGUGUGGGGCCUGUCCUUGGGAAGGGUGGGUUCGGCACCGUUUACGCCGGCAUUCGCAUCAUCGACGGAGUGCGCGUGGCCAUCAAACAGAUCGCGAAAUCCAAGAUAUCAGAAUGGGGACAAGUCAAUGGUCAUCGGGUACCCUUGGAGGUGUGUUUGCUCAAGCAAGUUUAUGGGUGCCCACGUGUUGUCAAAAUAUUGGAUUGCUUCGAGCGUCACGACUAUUUCAUCAUCGUCAUGGAGCGACCUGAGCCCGCCAAGGAUCUAUUUGAUUUUAUCACGGAGAAGGGCGUUCUGGAGGAAGAAAUGGCGCAGAACUUCUUUCAUCAAGUCGUGGAAACCGUCAUCAUGUGCCACCAACGUGGCGUCAUUCAUAGGGACAUUAAAGAUGAGAAUCUCCUAGUGGACUUGCGGACUUUGGAAUUGAAGCUCAUCGAUUUCGGCUCGGGAGCCUUUGUGAAAGAGGAGGCCUACAGCGACUUUGAUGGUACCCGGGUGUAUGCUCCUCCUGAAUGGAUCAGACUGAACCGAUACCAUGGGCCUUCAGCUACCGUGUGGAGUUUGGGAAUUCUACUUUACGACAUGGUUUGUGGGGACAUUCCGUUCGAGCAGGAUGAGCAGAUAUGCAAUGCCGAGAUUCAGUUCAGAACGCGAGUGUCCAGAGAUUGCCAAGAUCUCAUAGGACAAUGCUUGCAAAUUCAGCCACGUUCCAGAAUUCUCCUCGAGGACAUUCUCCAUCACCCUUGGAUGGCCUCGGGGGGGAUGAUGAGCUCGUCGGCAGGGAAGAAUGGGACGGGCAAAUCGAAGUCUUCGCUGAAAUGUUCAGAAGCGAAUAAUAACCAUUUGGAGGUACCCAUUCCACCAGCCAACCAGUCUGCAUAUCAGAGUCUACUCCCCGAAGGUCCGAGACGUCGCGAUCAUCACCGUCAGCAUCAUCCAAAGAAAAACGCAUCCAACAUGUCGCUGGAGUCACCCGUGUCUUCGUUGGCCUCCUCCAUGGAGUUCUAAGAUCCGACUUGGACGUCUUUUUCUACUCUUGUACCCGAACGCUUCUGGUUUGAUCACACCCACCAAAGACCAGCUUCCUGCUUAACCAAAUUGACCACCAUCCCUCAUGUUGAUGCUUUGCUUCUGUUUUUGUUCCCUUUUCUGUCCCUCACUUCCCCGUUUAGUUUACUAUUACCAGUACUCUCAAGCUUUGACGUCAUGAUCAUCAACCAAAGCGUGUCAAGAAACCGUCAACCUAGUGCUAAUGUAUUUUUUCGCCAACCAUCGCCUCAAGGAGAAAUGUUCCAAUUCAUCUGGAAAAAAGAAAAGACAAAUCUUUCUUUAUCGA